AAUACCUCGUUGCACUAAACUUUCACUAUAUAUAGAGUUCCAGAACUAUUAUACGCAAUCUUACCCUGUAUUUCUCUAAGAGAUUGUUUCAACCCUCUCAAAAAUCCCUCCUCUCUUCACAUUUUGAUAAAAAGGGAACCACAUUUUUCUACACGUAAUUGUUUUCACGUUUAAACAUAUAACAUCCUCAUCACAUAUGUAACUAACUCUCCUUCACUUCCCAUUUAGAUCGAGACAGGAAAUCACAAGCAACAAAAUCUCUAUAAAUAGCAAUAUUUGAACUCCACAAUUUCAUGCAAUAACAGAAGAAAAUGAACUCCAAUUUUCUUCCCAUUCUUUACCUUUCUCUCUUCCUUUUCCUUUCUUUUCCCUUCCCUUCUCACUCAGUGAGAUGCAAUCCGAACGAUAAAAAAGUCCUUCUAAAAAUCAAGAAUGACUUAGGUAAUCCCUACCAUUUAGCCUCAUGGGAUCCCAACACAGAUUGCUGUGAUUGGUACGUCGUACAAUGUGACCGGAAAACCAACCGGAUUAAUGCUCUCACCGUCUUCCAAGCCAACAUCUCCGGCCAAAUUCCGGCCGCCGUCGGCGAUCUCCCUUUUCUCCAAACCUUACAAUUCCAUCAUAUCACAAAUCUUACAGGAACCAUUCCCCCAACUAUUACAAAGCUCACAAAUCUGAAAGAGUUAAGACUCAGUUUCACUAAUCUCAGUGGCCCUAUUCCUGAAUUUAUUAGCCAACUCAAGAAUUUAACUUUUCUUGAAUUAAACUACAACCAAUUCACCGGAACAAUCCCACCAUCACUUUCUGAACUCCCUAAUUUAUCAGAAAUCUACUUAGACCGCAAUAAACUCACUGGACAAAUUCCAGAAUCAUUCGGAAAAUUCAGAGGACAAAUCCAAACUCUUUACCUUUCACAUAACAGCCUCACUGGACCAGUACCAAAAUCUUUAGGCAAUUUGAAAUUUACAACACUUGAUUUCUCCAGGAACAAGUUAGAAGGUGAUGUUUCUUUCUUGUUUGGAAAGAACAAGAAAAUUAGGUUAAUUGAUUUGUCGAGGAAUACAUUAGAGUUUGAUCUUUCGAAAGUGGAGUUCCCGGAAAGUUUAACGUGGUUGGAUUUGAACCAUAAUCGGAUUUUUGGUAGCUUACCAGAAGGAUUGAAAAAUUUAGAGUUACAGAAUUUGAAUGUGAGUUAUAAUAGGCUCUGUGGACAGAUUCCACAAGGUGGGAAGUUGCAGAGCUUUGACGUUUACUCUUAUUUGCCUAAUAAAUGCCUUUGUGGCUCCCCGUUGCCGGCAUGUACGUAAUUCCGGUGACCGGGAAAGUGUUACCUUUGUCGGCUACUUGGUAAGUAGGAGUACUAUAUUAGGUUUAUAGGGGAAAUGUAAUGUUUUAGACUAGUAUUCGGCUAUUAGCUCAAUAAUAACGAGAGUGCAUGACAGCUUUUGGUAUGUACUUUCACGUCGUAAUAUCAAAAUUAUUUUGUAUGGCCCUAUAAACGCUUAAACAUGCUUUGUCCACAUUCUCUUCUGAUAAAUCAACAUGCUUGGUUUGUGGUAACUGGUAAGUUAUUAAUACUACUUGAGAUAAGAUCACA